AUUCGACAUUCACCAACAAACCGAUUUCUCCUCACAUAGAGAUUCCUACGACAGCGAUAAUCUCUCAGGAGACGACUGUGAAAAUACUUCGCUCCAUCCCCUACUAUCUCUAUUGUUCCUUCCAUCCUGUGGCCUGAAAUAAACAACCGCGAAAAUGGGUGGCGAUCUCAACUUGAAGAAAUCAUGGCAUCCCGUGCUCAUGAGCAAUCAGAGGCGGGUGUGGGAAGAAGAGAAGAAAGCCCUCGAUGAACGCAAAAGAACCGAACAGCGUAUCAAAGAACUGAAGGAAGAGCGAGCGAAGGAGGAGAUUCAAGCAAAGCUUGAAGCAGCAGGCAGCCGAAAACGUGUUGAUCGAGUCGACUGGAUGUAUCAAGGCCCAUCGAGUGGACAAGCUGGUACUACUGAGGAAAUGGAAGGUUACUUGCUUGGAAAGCGACGUAUUGAUGGCUUGAUUAAGGGCACCGAGCACAAGAAGUUGGAGAAGCAAGCCUCUGAGCAGAGUUUCAUGGCUCUGCAGAAUGCAAAUACUCUACGAGAUACGGCUGCUAAGAUUCGAGAGGAUCCGAUGUUGGCGAUCAAAAGGCAGGAGCAGGCUGCUUAUGAAGCUAUGAUGAAUGAUCCCAUCAAGCGAAGACAAUUACUUGCAGCUGCUGGCCAGGGCGAGGAGAAAAAGGAAAAGAAGGAAAAGAGACGACAUAGACAUCAUCACAGAGAUCGAGAUGGAGAGCGUGAUGAUUCUGAUGAGGAGCGACGACGAAAGCGAAGAAGGAGAGACGAGGAUGGACAUCGAUCGAGUCGAUCUGAGCACCGACGAAGAAGAUCACUCACACCAGAGGAUCGAGGUCGCCGCAGAUCAGACAGAGAUAGAGAUUAUGAGAGGGAGAGACGCAGAACCUCCUACUCCAGAUCCAUAUCUCCUCGACCACGAAGUAGUCGGGAUGAGCCACGUCGCCAAGGAAGAUCUGAUAGAGAUAGAGAGUACGUGAAGGAGAGACGCAGAAAUUCUUCCUCUCGGUCUGUUUCUCCACCUCCGCGAAAUAGUAGAGAGGAACCACCUCGUCGGGGUCGAAACAGACAUAGAGACGAAGAGUACGAUGAGAGAAACAGACGCAGGAAUACGUCGUCGAAGUCUGCUUCACCACGUCCACGACGAGAUAGCCCCGACAGACCACGUCGAUCAACCGAGAAUUUCCAUGAGCGUCCCAGAUAUCCGGAGAAUAUAUCAAAUGGUUACAACCGGAAGAGCGGUUUCAGACCGCAAAAUGGGACACGCCCAGAGGCAUCUGCUGAAGAUAAGGAGGCCGAAAAGCAACGAAAGCUAGCUGCAAUGCAACAAGAUGCCUCAAAGUUGGACAUCGAUCGAGAGAAGCGUUUGGCAGCACUUGCAGAGCAGGAGAGGGCUACUCGUGAAUUUGAGGAUAAAGCACGAGCCAAGUCCGCGAAGUAUGGAGACAAGGGUGACUUUGUUAAUGGUUUGCAUAGAAAGGCAGGAGAGAUCUCUUUGGCUGACCGGAUUGGACGUGGGAAGCAAGGCCUUAUGAAAGAUGAUCAUUGAUGGAGUCUAUGGCAGUUGUAGAAUUGUUGUGUCAUUGAGUUCAUAGUUCUACUGCAGACUAGCUUUGCUUCAGCAUUCAAUAGAAUAAGCAUAUUUGAAG